CUGCUGAAAAAACAGAUUUGAAUGGGAUUCUUAGUAUCAUACAAAACUGUGAUCAGUUCGAAAUGUAUUUUGACGAUAUAAAAAAGGUUGAGGAGGUCCGCCGGUUCUGUCGAAGUCUAUGCCACUCCCCUAAUAUGCAAGUUUCAUGUCAGGAAAUGUCGGAAAUUUUCAAAGCCUUAACAAACUUGUUAACAGAUGGAAAGUGUCUUGGUAGCAAACCGGAAGCAAUUUCUACAGUUACGGAGUUGAAAAAGUUAGAGACAAACAAAUUGACUGUCACUUCCGAAGAAGUUGGAAAACUUCUUGUAUUAGAAAAAGGUGCCAUGGAAGAUUGUAAAAAGGCAUUAAAUGAAGAAAGGGAUGACGACAGUGUUACUAUGAAAGACAUCGUUUCGCGUUUGGACCAUGUAACACAACUUUUUUCAGUUCUUGGUCGACAACGUCCUAGUAAACGGCCAGUCAAAUCUGACGAUGGCCACUUGCCAAAGAGAGUAAAGCGUGACAGAGCGUCAUAUAGUUCAAAUGUUGAAGGCAUGUUAAAAGACUUACGCGUCUUCUACGAUAAAUACUACAGUACUUUACCAUUGGGUCCAAUGUUUGAAGAAAAGGUAUCUAAACUUGAGGAAGCUUCGAACAGGCUGGUGAAAGAAUCGUAUGCUGUAGAUGCUUCUGAAUUUCUUGAACAAGUUGAAAGGCAAAAUAUUCAAGACUGUUUGUCAAAUCCACUAGAAAGCAUACACUUACUUUGUAUCUUUCAUGAUGAAAAGACACUUGUUGACUCGAGAUGUAAGACAUACUGCCAAAUAUUGAACAUGUUGCUUGGGAGGGCAAAAAAGAUGUUCAAGAUAAAGCAGCAAGACGUCACCGAUGGAUCAGAAACUAUUGAUUUACCAACUUGCUUUAAACAGGAUGCGGACAUGUGUCAGGAGCACAAAUCAAUUCUUUUAAGAUUGGGAGAAGUUGCCUAUACAGCGUUGAAAUCUACAAGCAAUCAAGUAUUAGAUGAAGCAACCGUAAGCGCAACAUUUAGAGGAGAAGAAGAAGUGAGCUUUAUACUGACUGCAGGUCUAUUGUCCAAGGACGAGCAAAGGGGGAAACUUGCAAGACAGGUUUGCCGUUACAGUUUUUUGCACUCAACAUAUCAAGAAUUGUUGUGCUGUUUGUAUCUGGUAUGUAAAGACAACGGUGAUGAUCUCUUGAGCAGGCUUUUAGACCAUCUUGAGACAACAGGACAAAAAGAUGUUUUAACAGAAAUGUUUCUGUUCUUCUGUGGCAUGAGCGGCAAACUAGCGAGCAGAGCACACGAUAAACUUUCACAAAUGAAAUAUGACCAAAUGAAGAAGUGCGACCGCAUUAGGUUUUUAGAUGUGCGGAAAUCAAGAGACUUAACCCUGAAGGGAUACGAGGAAUCGAAAAUAAAUGGAGUCGAAAAUAACAUUGAAAUGCGCCAGUUGGUAAUUGACAAACACUUGGAUUUUCAUUAUCCAGCUUUACAGAGGAACACGACUGGGGUACAUUCGCUUGCUUGCAUUUGGCACAAGGAAAUUUCAAUUGAAGUCAAAAACAUGGAUCUCUUUAUCAAGAACUCUUCGAAGUCGUUAUUGUAUGUCUUUAUCAAUGGUGAGCAUGGCAAAACUAUUCAAUUCACGUCACAAAAUCUAAAUAUAUGUCUGAACCUGCAUACGUUGGAACUGCGGUAUAUACAGUUGACGGAUAAAUUAGAUCUUUCCGCAUGUGACACACUCAGAUCUCUAACAAUAACCAGAGUAAAGCUCUCAGAGGUGUGUAUACAUGCACCAACGUUACACUAUUGCUUUCUACGUACUGUAGAUGAAAGGGAUGCUUUAUUCCACUUGUCAUUUUCGAACGAUCUACGAUUUUCAGUGAAAUUAAAAGAGCUUACUCUGAUGAACGUCAGUGUAGUAGGAGUGUUAGAUAUAAGCGAGUGUAAACACCUGACAGGCAUAUGUUUGUGGAAUGUUGACAUGGACAAGUUGAUUUUAGAAACUCUCUCGGUUAAGACAUGUUUUCUUGGUGAACACAUUGGAAAGAACAAAAGCAUUGGAAAGAACAAAAGCUUUUGGCCAAUCAUCCUCAAUGCACUGACAGGUUCGGAAAAGUUAGAGGAACUCUACGCUAGUGGACCAGAAUGCAGUUCGUUAGAAUUGUUUGAUGCACUUAAGACAAUAAAGAAUGUUCGUGACAUACAACUUAUGCACGUGAAUUGCAAUGACGCUGAUAUGCAACUGCCAAAAAGCUUGCAAAACAUUUCCCUUGAUGAAGUUAUCCUAUCAUUUCCUGCUUUCACUAAACUUGUCGAAAGUGACAUUACUUCUAUUGAAAAGAUUCAGCGUCAUGCUGCUAGAUUUUUCAUGAAUGAUUACACUUCGAGAGAAGAUGGCUGUGUCCCAGACAUGCUACAGAGACUCGAUCUCGACCCGCUUCAGACCAGGAGUCAUCAGGCAAGGCUUGUAUUCAUGUUCAAAAUUAUCAGGGGUAUGGUUCUGGCAAUAGACAAAUCCAGCUACUUAACACCUAUUCAAAAACUUAAGUGA